CCUUUGAAUAAACCACCUUUUUGGCAAAUGCCCGAAAUAGCCGAAGUUGAGAGGGCUCGUUUACGCAUUCACAGACAGUGCAUAAAUCAUAAGAUUACACAUGUAGAAGUGGCAGAUGACACAAUUGUAUACAAAGACAUUAAACCAGACGAGUUUGCUAAGUCAGUAUUGAAUAAAACACUUGUUGAUACUAAAAGAUAUGGAAAAUACUUCAUUCUGAUGCUUGAUGAUGGUGAAGGCCCUCAUAUAGUUGCUCAUUUUGGAAUGACGGGGGCUAUCCGUUUUAAACACGAAGAAAGCGAGUGGCCACCUCGCUUUUAUAAGCUAUUAAUCACCUUUACAGAUCCAAAAACAAAUGAAAAUGUUCAUUUUGGUUUCAGAGACCCACGUCGCCUAGCUAGAUUACGACUUGUCAAAGCAAUGGAUCCACUUCAGCUACCCCCACUUAACAAGUUGGGAUUCGACCCUGUACUAAGUCUGCCCAAGUUUGAGCACUUCAGACAGUUAGUGGUCAAACGUGCUGUGCCUCUGAAAGCCCUUCUUUUGGAUCAAGCAUUUUCUGCCGGCGUCGGAAACUGGGUUGCGGACGAAGUGUUAUAUCAAUCAAGGAUACAUCCUGCUCAAUAUUCAAAUACAUUGACCGACGAUGAACUGCAACGGUUGUAUGCCAAUCUAAGAUACGUUUGUGAGACAGCUGUGCGUUUAGAAGCCAAUGAAGAAAAGUUUCCAAAAGAUUGGCUUAUGAAGCAUCGAUGGCAUAAAGGAAAGAAAAACCAAUUAGAAGGCUGCUUACCCAAUGGGACCAUUUUACAGUUUGAGACGAUUGGUGGAAGAACCACAGCAUUUGCACCCGCAUUGCAAAAAUUAAGAGUUACUGAAACUACUACUACCACUACUUCGACGACGACAACAGUAACCACAAAGAAAACUGUGAAAAAAAGAAAAAAAGGACUUGUUAAGAAUGAAAGCGAAGCUGAGGAUGCUGGUUCAGACAAGGAAAUACCUGUAAAGAAGACGGCUAUUAAAAAAGCAAUAAAACGAGUGAAGAAAGAGGCAAUGAUUAAGACUGAACCUAAUCGCAAACGGAACAUUCAACCAAAUCAAGAACGUGUUGUCAUCGUCGGCUGCUCUUCCGGCAUUGGAAGAGAAUGCGCUUUGCAGUACGCUAAGCGAGGAGCAAAACUUGUUUUAUUCGCUCGUCGUAAAGAAUUACUAGAAAGCUUGAAGAAAGAAUGUCUCAACUUGGGCUCUUCGAAUGUUGAAAUUGUUGUUGGCGAUGUCACGCUGCAGACAGAUUUGACUCGUUUAGCAACUGUGAGCAGAGAGACCUUUCACAGUAACAAUUCGGUUGAACAAACAGGUGGUGUUGAUACUGUUAUAUAUUGUGCAGGCAUGAUUUCGGUUAGACCAUUUUUAGAAGCUUGUGGACACAAACUCAUCACGGACAAUAAGGGAAACGCUACAACUAUAGAAAAGCAUAAGGACGACGAUACCAGCUUCACUAAUAACGAUAUGAGCAUAGCAUUACAAAAGAUUACUACAGUCAAUUAUUUCGCAGCCAUCGAAGUAGCUCGUUUAUUCAUACCACUCUUGAAAGGUGAUUCAGUAGCACCGAAUUUUUUGAUCGUCUCGUCCAUGGCAGGCAAAGUAGGUGCGCCGACACGAGCAUUAUAUGCCGGAUCAAAACAUGCAUUGCAUGGAUUUUUUGACUCUUUAAGAAUAGAAGUAGCUCCAUUAAAUAUCCAUAUUGGCUUGAUCUGUCCUGCAACGGUUGAAACGGAUUUAAGAUUAUCAGCUGUCGAUAUGAAUAUGGGCGGAAGUGGCUCUGAAAUAGCAGGAUCGAACAAAAACAAGUUGAGACCAGAGCAGGUAGCCAAAUGUAUUAUUAAGGCUUCAGAUUUAAGGGAACGAGAAGUGUACAUACCGGCAUUAUUUGGUUACAGUGCAUUAUGGGCAAAACUUUUAGCAAGUCGAUUGGUGGACUAUUUUGCUAUGAAGAAAUAUAAAGUUUAA